AUGGAGGAGAGAAAUCUCACCCUGGUGAAGGACUUUGUCCUUCUGGGAUUGUCUGUCCUGGCUGAGCAGCAAUGCCGCCUGUCUGUGCUCUUCCUGGCAAUGUACUUGGUGACCUUGUCAGGGAACACACUAAUCAUCCUGGCAAUCUGCCUGGAUUCCCGCCUGCACUCGCCCAUGUAGUUCUUCCUCAGCAACCUGGCCUCUGUUGACAUCUGCUUCACAACCACAACAGUCCCCCAGAUGGUUGUGCACACCUUGACCAACACCCAGUCCAUCUCCUUCAUAUGCUGUCUCACCCAGCUCUUCUUCUUCAUCUCCUUUGUGAAUAUGGACAGCCUGCUUCUGUAUGUGAUGGCCUAUGACAGGUACGUGGCCAUCUGCCACCCUUUAUACUAUAACACCAUGAUGAACAUGCACCUAUGCAUCCAGCUGGUGGGGGGGCUUUGGCUUGUCACCUUCCUCCAUGCCCUCCUGCACACAGUGCUCAUGGCACACCUGUCCUUCUGUGCCUCCAAUGUGAUCCACCACUUCUUCUGUGAUCUCAACCCUCUCCUACAGCUGUCUUGCUCUGACAUAUCUUCUAAUGUCAUGGUCAUUUUUAUAGUUGGGGGCCUGGUGGCUCUCAUACCCUUUGUCUGUAUCCUCAUAUCCUAUGGCUUGAUCUUCUCUGCCAUCCUGAAGGUUACACCUGUACAGGGGAAGCAGAAGGCCUUCUCCACCUGUGGCUCCCAUCUGGCUGUGGUAGUGGUGUUCUAUGGCACAGCCAUUGCAGUCUACUUUAGCCCCACUUCUUCCCACACACCUGAGAGGGACACUCUGUCAGCCAUCAUGUACACAGUGGUGACACCAAUGCUAAACCCCUUUAUCUACAGCCUUCGAAACAGGGACAUGAAGCAAGCACUUAGGAAUACUGUGUGCAGGGGCCGUGCCUGCCAAAAUCAGGUAACUGAGGGUGGAAGGAAACAAUGUGAGCAGCAGUAA